AUGACAUCUAUUGUUGCCAACCAGCCAUCUGUCGGAGGUACCAAUGGUACCACAGGCUCACCGGGAAGAUCUACAGGCAGUCCUACUGGUGCUGGCGCCGGAAUCGAAGUGGAUUCGGAGAUGUUGAUGUUCCAUGUCAAUAUCGUUUGCCUCAUUCUUCUCGGCGUAUUGACGUUGGUACGCCUUCCUCAUGCAUUCGGCCUGUUCUCUUCGAAAGAAUGGCUAGGUUCCCAAUUUUUACGACAAGUUUCUACCCGACCAACCGUCCGGCGCUUGGCUACACAAGAUAUCUAUUCUCCUACUUCGACUCCCAAAGGCAGAGGCUACACAGGAUAUGGGUCUUCAGACGACUCUCACAUGUACGCGCAACCAGCACUCCGGCUCACGGAGAAGGGUACUCCAACCACAAUCCGGUUCCCCACUAACAUCCCUGUAACCUGGUUCAUGACAUUGCGACCCAUCCUUUCUCCCCUCCGCUCUCGCGUAAUGCCCGGUUUCUCCGUCGCACAGGCCUUCGUUGUCGUCAUGUACUUUUAUGCAAUGGUUUACGCAGUCUUUUUCCAGUCCAACAUCAUCACGGAUUCGAAUCGUACUGGGUGGAUUGCUGUUUCUCAACUGCCACUCGUAUUCGCAUUUGCGCAGAAAAACAGUAUCCCUGGAGGACUGAUCGGCUAUGGGUACGAAAAGUUAAAUUUUCUGCACCGGUUCGCGGGAAGGAUAGUCGUGCUUACAACGAAUAUACACACCUUCCACUGGGUUUAUAAAUGGUCUUUGGCCGGAACGUUUUCAACGAAACUAAAACAACCUAGUAAUAUGUGGGCUUUAAUCGCAACUUGUUGCUUCAACUUAAUAUUCCUUUUUUCAACUGCCUACUGGAGACAAAAGGCUUACACAUUGUUCCUGUCUUCACAUAUUAUAGGGUUCAGUCUUGUCCUUCCUGCCAUUUACAUGCACAAGAAGAGCACUUUUCCCUAUGUUGUCACCGCAGCCGUGUUAUUCGCCGUCGAUCACCUCCUGCGAGUCGUCAAAACUCGCUGCUCAACUGCUUUCUUGCGCCCAAUUCCCGAGUUGGGGCUUACACGCGUUGAAAUCCCAGGCAUCAAUGCUGGGUGGCGGGCCGGACAACAUGUUCGCCUUCGGGUUGUGUCUAGUGGCAUGGGUCUGUUAGGUUGGGCAGAAAACCAUCCUUUCACGGUAGCAAAUAUUUCCAAUACGGAAGAAGGCAUGGUCCUCUUGUGCAAAGAAUCUGGGGAUUGGACCAGACGACUGGAGAAGAUAGCCAAAUCCAGCACCCAUGAAGGUACCAUUGGUAGACAGGUGAAAGUCAUGGUGGAAGGCCCUUAUGGCGGAACCCAACGCACCAUCUUUUCUAGCUUUUCUGGUGCGUUGUUUGUGGUCGGUGGAAGUGGCAUCACAUUUGCGCUAUCCUUGAUCCAGGAUCUGAUCCAAAAGGAUCUUGAGGGAAAUUGUCGCGUCAAAGUCAUCGAGCUGAUUUGGAUAGUGAAGGAUCCAGCGUGCCUUACCCCCUUACUUUCUACGUUCUCUAAUCUCAUCAAAAUGUCGGCAUUCAUACCUGUACGAAUCAGUGUUUUCUAUACUCGGGCACCGACAGGUCAACAACCCUCGUUCUUUGAAUCGGUCACAGACGGUCCUUACAUCGGAAAAGCACCAUCUUUCAAAGUACAGCCUCAGCAUCUGCCCCCAGGCAUAACCCUAUCCCCCGGGCGUCCGCGAAUCGUUAACUUUAUCAAUCUUACGCUGCAGCGCAUUAUUGCACUUCGGAGCUCCUCUCAAAACGACGUCAAAUUGACUGGUCUUAUCAUUGGCGUAUGUGGUCCUCUGUCGCUGGCUGAUGACGUUGCAAAAGCAGUUUCAAAUGCUGAAGUAUCUCAAAGAGAUCAUGCCGGCGGAAUUGAAGUUUCUGAGGAGACUUUUGGAUGGUAA